CCGCUUUUUGACUUCACGUAGUAUGUAAGACUUGGCAUCUGGGCCGAUCCGAGCAAGCAAUAAUCCGAGUGUGUUACGGCGUUACCACUUCCGUUUGCUUUCAGAGGGCGUUGGCAAAUUAUUUUCUGCUCGCAAAGAUCACAAUGACGACGGCAGAUCAACAGCUCGACUCCGCCCUCGACCUCAUGAGGAGGUUGCCGCCUCAGAAAAUAGAGAAAAACCUGAGCGACUUAAUAGACCUGGUGCCUGGACUUUGUGAAGAGCUCCUGUCUUCUGUUGACCAGCCGCUGAAAAUAGCCACUGACAAAAAGUGUGGCAAAGACUAUCUGCUCUGCGACUACAACAGGGAUGGGGACUCUUACAGAUCCCCGUGGAGCAACAACUAUGAGCCCCCGCUGGAGGACGGCGCGCUGCCUUCGGAGCGGCUGCGCAAGCUGGAAGUGGACGCCAACAAUGCCUUUGACCAGUACCGAGAGAUGUACUUCGAGGGCGGCGUCUCGUCCGUCUACCUCUGGGACCUGGAUCACGGCUUUGCGGGUGUGGUGCUUAUCAAAAAGGGUGGUGACGGCUCCAAGAAGAUUAUGGGCAGUUGGGACUCCAUCCAUGUCGUCGAAGUGCAGGAAAAGUCAAGUGGCCGAAAUGCACACUACAAGCUGACGUCAACGGCCAUGCUUUGGCUGCAGACGAAGAAACCUGGUUCGGGAACCAUGAACCUUGGGGGCAGUCUCACAAGACAGAUGGAGCAAGAUAGUCCUGUUAGCGAAGCAGUUCCUCAUAUUGCCAACAUCGGAAAGAUGGUUGAGGACAUGGAGAACAAGAUCAGGACGACGCUGAACGAGAUCUACUUCGGCAAGACGAAGGACAUCGUCAACGGGCUGCGCUCCUUGCAGCCGCUGCAGGACCGGAAGCAGCAGGACGCGCUCAGAAACGACCUCGCCCAGGCACUACGGAACCGUCAGGCCAAGCAGGACAGCUAAUGACUGCAGGCAACACGCAGCGACAUUUGCCGACAGACGCCGCUGUGGCUGUCAGAGAAGCACCGAAAAAGCGAGAGAGAAAAAAAGUCCAGCUGCCGCCGUCACCUCGUCAGUCGCUGGGCUGCUGCAGUCGACGAGGGGCGCGUGCGCGCGCACCUAGCAGCGGUUUCCCCGCACCCUGCGGUGUCGGCAGUCAUCACGCAGACAAUGUUUUUCACCUGCACCCAUGAAUUACAUGCAUCAGCAAAUCGGGGGAGGAAAGCGUGAGCGAGAGAGACUGUGACGCUUCGGAGAGAGAUGCCGUGCGAGGGGACGAAGUGUGGCGAGCGGAUGGCGAUGCACUGCCUUGUUCUUCUGCUCGGGCAGUAUUCAAGGAGCUGUUGUUGUGAGACUCGGCCGAGCGAGCAAACCACACACACGCACACACAAACAAGGCUACGUGCAACUUUUUUUUUCUUUUGCCUCCAGCUUGCUGCAACCAUGUCCCUUUCUUGCCCACGAUGCAAAGCUAGCCCAUGAUGAGCCAGUUCUGGCCUGUCAUGUAAAACUGCUUAAGAGAAUGAGAAAAAUUGGACCUUAGUGGAAAACAGUUCAAUUGUGCAGCGGCACCUAUAUUUUUUAUACAAUGUUUCUUUAUUUUGGAAUCUAACGAAACUGUUGUCUUGCUUGUUUUACUGACACAGUUUUGCAGAAGGUCCAGUUUGUAUGUUUUGCAAAGGGACCUGGCUCCUUUUUUGUUAACUUUUUGUUUUACUGGAGCAGAAAGUAGCCUUAGGUUGUAGUUGAAAGCCUGUCCUCUAUUGUAGCCACCAGCUUCUCAAUACUGGGGUACUUUUUAACCUGGGAUCCUGUUUUUUACAAUGGCCGUAACACACACACACACAAUGAUCGAAGUCUCGUUUGUUUUCUGUUGCGAGUAUUACGACAGGCAUAAAGGAAGCGACAAUUAAUUUCAAGUUGUUGAACACUGCAGCUGCGGAAGGGGAUGCGAGUGCCACUACAUGCAAACACUUUAGACUGCACUUCACCACAAUACUUUGUUACUAGGUCUGGUUUAUUGUAGUCAACUUCUCGCUUAUUCCCUCGUCAGACCCAUGCAGCCAGCGCAAUCAAUCCUACUGCUUCCUCUCCGCAGCCUUAUGUUCACGACCUGAUUGCGUAUGUAAUUUAUUGUUAAUUACCUAUGUGGAACCUGCUACGCUAUCUUAUUUUUUCUACCAUUUAUAGUUAUGAUCCUUCGAGGCACUCGGCCGUAUGAAAUGCGCAUGUUGUUGGAAGUUUGGUCACUAGGUGUAGCGCGAGCAGAUGUGUUUGUGGGGCGGCCCCGAUCCUCCUUCUUCUUUGACGCCACUUGCGAUUCUCCCACGCAUCAUCGCUUUUGUGUUUUGUUAAUGGACUACUUGUUGAGCCUAACACUUUUUUGGUGGCUGGUGUAAAAGUGGUCGUCUUCCUGUUCUUGCGCUGCUAAGCAAAAUGAAUAGGAGGUGUGUACAUUAAAGAAGUGGAAAGGUGCAUAUUAAGAAGAAAAAAAUCACAGAUGUUACAAUAAAAGGCUUAUAUUCAUAUAAAA